ACUGUUUAAUAACAGGGGGUGGAAAUAUCAGCUGAAUAUAAACCCUGCAGAUCAGAUCGGUCAUUCACAGACUUCUACACCUCCAUACAGAGAACAGAACUUCAGUCCAGGAACCAUGAAGAUCCUUCUGACUCUCUGCCUCCUGACUUUCCUCUACUUCCUGCGGUCCAGCUCUGCAGGUCCAGUGGCUCUAGAGGUGGGUGGGUUCAACGGUCCCUGCUGUUCACAUAACAGCAAUAUGACGAUUCCAAAAGGGAAGGUGAAGGACCUGGAGAUGUCUCCAAACCACUGCAAAAUCAGUUCCAUCAUAGUCACCACUGUGAGUGAAAGACGGAUCUGCCUUAAUCCAACCGGGAGCUGGACAAAGAAAUUACAGAAAGAGUUUGGGAAAAGAAAACCUCACUGA